GACAAUUGAUCAGAUCUUACGAGCUUUGGAUUAGGCUGCAUGAAAGAAAAUUUCCCUGCCUUCAACUUUUCAUGAAUCUCAUGAUGUCUUCUAUGAAAGAAAAAGCACAUCAUCCUUUAGCAUCAACUCCAGUCAGGAGAGAAACGGUUGCCAAAUUGAAGGUUGCAAUCAAUGGAUUUGGACGCAUUGGCAGGAAAGACUCACCCCUUGAUGUGGUUGUUGUUAAUGACAGCGGUGGUGUCAAGAAUGCUUCACAUUUGUUGAAAUACGGUUCAAUGCUUGGAACUUUCAAAGCAGAAGUCAAAAUUGUGGAUGAUACAACCAUUAGUGUUGAUGGCAAGCAAAUUAUGGUGGUCUUUAACAGGGAUCCUCUCAAGCUUCCGUGGGCUGAUCUUGGCAUUGACAUUGUCAUUGAGGGAACAAGAGUUUUUGUGGAUUACCCUGGAGCUGGGAAGCACAUUCAAGCUGGUGCCAAGAAAGUUAUCAUCACUGCUCCAGCAAAAGGUGCAGACAUUCCAACUUAUGUUGUUGGAGUCAACGAAGGUGACUACUCUCACGAGGUCUCAAACAUCAUAAGUAAUGCCUCUUGCACCUCAAAUUGUUUGGCUCCUUUUGUAAAAGUCAUGGAUGAAGAAUUGGGAAUUGUCAAGGGAACAAUGGCAAUCACCCAUUCAUACACUGGAGACCAAGUAUACUGGCACUCACCAAAAUACUACUUGGAUGUAGAGCUAAUUCAAAGAAUUUUGAAUUCCAAAUAAAUUCCAACAAAAAAGUUGGAGAUUUAUUUGAAAAAAGAAGGAUAAAUUGCUGCUUGUGAUCAUGCAGAGACUCUUGGAUGCUUCAUACUGCUAGUUGAGGAGAGCUAGGGCCACAGCAUUAAACAUAGUCCCAACAAGUACCGGUGCAGCCAAGGCCGUCUCUCUUGUGCUACCCCAGCUCAAGGGCAAGCUCAAUGGUAUUGCACUCUGUGUACCAACUCCAAAUGUUUCAGUUGUUGACCUUGUUGUGAAUGUUGAGAAGAAGGGGAUUACAGGUGAGGAUAUCAAUGCUGCCUUUAGAAAGGCAGCUGAGGGGCCAUUGAAGGGCAUAUUGGCCAUCUAUGAUGCUCCUCUCGUGUCAGUGGACUUCAGGUGCAGCGAUGUUUCUUCUACCAUUGACUCUUCACUAACCAUGGUAAUGGGAGACGACAUGGUUAAGGUGGUGGCCUGGUAUGACAAUGAAUGGGGAUACAGCCAACGGGUCGUUGAUUUGGCACAUCUUGUAGCAAGCAAGUGGCCUGGAAUGCCUGCUGCAGGAAAUGGUGAUCCCUUGGAGGAUUUCUGCAAGACAAGCCCUGCUGAUGAAGAAUGCAAAAUUUAUGAAGCUUAGAUCAUUCCAGUUUUCUUGUCAGGAUGAAUGCUGUAAUGACCAGGUUUUCGCAGAUGCUUAUUUUGUAAUGCCAGUUGAUUCAUUAUGAACAGAAUAAUCUUUUGAAAUAGCC